UGAGAAUAUUGAUAACAAAAUUCGCUCUCCGGAUGCGAUUGUGAUUCUGCCACCAACAAAUGCGUAAUGGGUAUGUGACAGACGAGGACUCUGGCGACGAUGACCAGGUCACAAUGAACAAUCUUCCCGGUAGUUUGCUUAAUUCUGAGGCUGAACCUGUUUUCAAAGCAACCAGUCACGCAAUCGAUGACAAUGAGGAUAACUUAGAUGAUAGUGAUGAUGAUGUGCCUCUAUCUAGUUUUAUGAAAUAUAAAAAAAAGUGUAGGAAUAAUGACUGGGUUCGACAGGACAUUACAGAUACUUUACCGAUCUGGUACGACGAGGUCACUCCAAUAAAUAAUAAUCUUUCACCCUUAGAUAUUUUCAACUUCUUUUUUUGACGAAAAGCUCUGGGAUAUGUUAGUUGAAUACACAAAUAUUUAUGCGGAACAACACAAUAGAACUUGUGAUGUAUCAGCAGACGAAAUGAAAUGCUUCUUUGGAAUUCUGACUUAUAGUGGAUAUUGUACUGUAUCCAGAAAAACCCUAUAUUGGCAAAACAGCUCCGAUGGAGAUCAUAAAAUCGUAUCUGAAGCUAUUUCAAGGAACCGAUUCGAUUUUAUCAUGCAAAAUUUACAUUGUAGUAACAACCUGGAUUUGUUUUUGAAGGUGGUAGACAAUGGUACAGUGAAAACAUCUUGUCGGACUUGCAUUGUCUUAUUUAUUUAAUGUAACACGACGUUUCGGUUGGUAAGUAUCUCCAACCGUUAUCAAGUGUAA